GGCGGAGCUGUCAAAGUUUUCUGUUUAGGGCUACACAAGUUCUGUAAGAAGUCACUACCUUGAAUGACACGUUUCGUGAAGUAACAAAAGUAGGCUAAUUCAAUCGAAUACGGUGAAAGCAUGGAAUAACGAAUCUCCUUUUCGGGACAAAACAACUAAAAAAUAUGGCAAAACUAAAUCAGAUUGGAUUCAUUGUGAUCUUACUGGUUUGCUUGGGUUGUUGUGCUACGCCGGAAAAGAAAGUAUGUCAAGGUUCAAACAACAAACUGACGCUCUUGGGCACACAUGACGAUCACUACCAAAACCUAGUAAAAAUGUACAGUAACUGCACUGUAGUCCUGGAGAACCUGGAGAUCACCUAUACCUCCGACCAGCAUGACCUGUCCUUCCUAAAGAAUAUUCAGGAGGUUGGAGGCUAUGUUCUGAUUGCCAUCAACACGGCUACCAAGAUACCGCUGGACAACCUGCACAUCAUCCGAGGCCACACCCUCUACAAUGACGAGUUUGCUCUGGCAGUGCUGUCCAACUGUAACAAAGGCACCAACGCCUCCGUGACCAGGGAGCUUCACCUCGGAAACCUCACAGAAAUUAUCAAUGGAGGUGUGAAGUUCUCUCACAACUGCCUCUGCAAUGUGGAGACGAUACAGUGGGCGGACAUUCUGAACAUGAAGAAAAAUCCCAGUAUGGACCUCCCUACUCCGAAAUAUGACAAAUACUGUAAAAAGUGUGAUCCAAGCUGCCCUAAUGGAUCUUGUUGGGCUCCAGGUUACCAAAAUUGCCAGACGUUAACCAAGACGAUCUGUGCGGAUCAGUGCUCGGGCCGCUGCAAAGGGCCCCGGCCUAUUGACUGCUGUAACGAGUACUGCGCGGCAGGCUGCACCGGACCCCGGCCCACCGACUGCCUGGCUUGCAGAAAUUUCUCAGAAGACGGGACGUGUAAGGAGUCCUGCCCCCCCCUCAUGAUCUACGACAGCACUCUGCACCAGCUGGUCCCCAAUCCAUACGGGAAGUACAGCUUUGGAGCCACCUGUGUGAAAAAAUGCCCACAUAACUAUGUGGUGACGGACCAUGGAGCAUGUGUGCGUUCAUGCAGCUCCAAGCACUAUGAGACCGAGGAGGGAGGGGUCAGGAAGUGCAAGCCCUGUGAAGGCCUGUGUCCCAAAGUCUGCCAUGGCCUCGGAAUGGGAAAGCUGAAAGACAUCUUGUCAAUUAACGCCAGCAACAUUGACACCUUUCAAAACUGCACCAAGAUAAAUGGCGAUGUGGCGAUACUCUACACAACAAUUCACGGAGAUAAACAUACAAAAACACCAAAGUUGGAUCCUGCCAAGCUUAGCGUAUUUGAGUCUGUUAAAGAAAUCACUGGGUACUUGUUGAUCCAGGAAUGGCCUGAAAGUCUAACCUCCCUUAGUCCCUUUGAAAACCUUGAAGUGAUCCGUGGGCGAACCAAAAAACAGGGAGUGGUGAGCUUUGCUGUCGCCAACACUAAGAUAACCCACCUGGGCCUGCGGUCGCUGAAGAGUAUCAGUGAUGGCGAAGUGGCCAUUAUAAAGAACGAGAACCUCUGCUACACCAAGGUGUCGCACUGGAGUCGCCUGUUUGAGCUGCGCACGCAGAAAGUUAACCUGAAAAGUAACAAAGACAUGCAGACAUGUGUUGCGGAGAACAGCACAUGUGAUGAGAUGUGCACGGCUGAUGGCUGUUGGGGUCCAGGGGCCGACAUGUGCUUCUCCUGCCUGCACAGGAUCCGCGAUGGACACUGCGUUGCCUCCUGCAACCUACUGGAAGGAGAACCACGGGAAUCGGAGAUUAACAGGACCUGUUUUCAGUGUGACUCAGAGUGCAAGCCCUUAAAUGGGACCCUGACCUGCAGUGGACCUGGUCCUGACCAGUGCACGGAGUGCGCCAACUUUAAAGAUGGCAUUCACUGUGUCCAGCGUUGCCCCCAUGGUGUGCCCGCAAAAGACGGCUCCAGCAUCUGGAAGUACGCUGACAAAGACGGGGAGUGUCAACCAUGCCACAAGAACUGUACUCAAGGAUGCACAGGUCCAAAGCUGAAAGACUGCAAAGACUACAUCAUCCACUCCAACCUGUCGAUGGUGGCCGCAGGAGUGGUCGGUGGCCUGCUGGCGUUUGUCAUCCUGGCACUGGGUGUGUUUGUGCUGCUGCGAAGACGCCACAUCAAAAGGAAGAGAACACUCCGCCGACUGCUGCAGGAGAGAGAGUUGGUGGAGCCCCUGACACCUAGUGGAGAGACGCCCAACCAGGCAUUGCUGCGAAUCCUCAAAGAGACUGAGUUCAAAAAGAUCAAAGUGCUGGGGUCAGGAGCAUUUGGUACCGUGUAUAAGGGUCUGUGGGUUCCUGAGGGGGAAGAUGUGAAAAUUCCGGUUGCCAUCAAAGUCUUACGAGAGGCUACGUCUCCCAAGGCCAACAAAGAGAUCUUGGAUGAGGCAUAUGUGAUGGCCAGUGUGGAGCACCCGCAUGUGUGUCGGCUGCUGGGCAUCUGUCUGACCUCCACGGUGCAGCUCAUCACACAGCUCAUGCCCUAUGGCUGCCUGCUCGACUACGUCAAGGAGCACAAGGACAACAUCGGCUCCCAGUACCUGCUCAACUGGUGUGUGCAGAUCGCCAAGGGAAUGAACUAUCUUGAGGACCGUCACUUGGUUCACCGUGACUUGGCGGCGAGAAAUGUCUUGGUGAAGACUCCACAGCAUGUCAAGAUCACAGACUUUGGCCUGGCCAAGCUCCUCAAUGCAGACGAGAAAGAGUAUCAUGCAGAUGGUGGAAAGGUUCCCAUAAAAUGGAUGGCUCUUGAGUCCAUACUUCAUCGGACGUACACUCACCAGAGCGAUGUUUGGAGCUAUGGUGUGACCGUGUGGGAGCUGAUGACCUUCGGAACCAAGCCGUACGACGGCAUACCGGCCAGUGAGAUUGCGGGAGUGCUGGAGAAGGGCGAGCGUUUACCCCAGCCCCCCAUCUGCACCAUAGACGUCUACAUGAUCAUGGUGAAAUGCUGGAUGAUUGAUGCCGACAGCCGGCCGCGCUUCAGGGAGCUCAUCGCCGAGUUCACCAAGAUGGCCCGGGACCCCUCACGCUACCUAGUCAUUCAGGGCGAUGAUCGGAUGCAUCUGCCCAGUCCCAGUGAUGGCAAGUACUACCGCAGCUUGAUCAGUGGCGUGGACAUGGAGGACGCGGUGGAUGCUGACGAGUACCUGGUGCCCAGCCGCAGCUUCUUCAGCACCCCCUGCACCUCGCGCACCCAGCUCCUGCACUCCGUG